AUGUUGGGAGGCACGGUCAAUUCAGAUUCGGUGUCCUCACGGUCGAGAUCGAGCACCCCCACCUCUACUGCCCCGCCGUCCGGAGGUUCUGCUCGGCCUGCGAAUGAUAUCCCGGCUUACAUCAACACAGCUUCGACGCGCACUCCCUCUCGCCCGCCUCCCAUGACGUCCCAUGCCUUUCCUCCGAGCUCGACACAUGGAUACUCGGAUUCUACGACUUCCUUUCACUCUGCGCCAGAUUCCCCACGUCUAGAACCGACGAAUAGGUCAAUGCAGUCUGUGCCGGGUUCGGAGGCGAAUUCACCGAGCCGCAUUCGAGUCCAGAGCUUGUCCCAUAUCCAGAGCCUCGCCAGUGAAGACAUCGUGGGAUCACAGAGCUCACUUGCUUCAAAUGGGUCCCAGAAUCGACACUAUGAGAUUAGCUCCAUGCCGGUCACGGAGAUCAUCGAGAUGGUUGCGGGACUUCUGACCAGGAUCACCACGACCAACGAUACGCAUCACGAACAUGUUCAUCGCCACAUCCCUCCUCCCGAUGGCACUUCGAACCUCAGCCCGCAAGCCACUAGUGUUCUCGCCUUCCAUGGCAAGAAUGUCCCCAGCAUAACGAUCCUUAGCUAUCUGACUCGCAUACACAAAUAUUGCCCCACGACCUACGAGGUCUUUUUAAGUUUACUGGUCUAUUUUGACCGUAUGACCGAGCUGGUCAAUCGUGGACAGCUAGAUCACUUACAUCACCGCUGGGAUGGGGCGGAUGACUCUGGGCCAUCCUCUGAAUCGUCGGAUCAUCGGAUGCAGAACUCGCCCAUGGCGACACCACCUUCCUCGGCAGGGUACGCUGGACACGAUUCACGAGGUUCGCAUACCUCAACUCCCGCUGGCGUAGCGGGUCUUUCGCCUGAAUCUGACUCCGAGGCCCUCUCUCAUUUCUUCGUCGUUGAUAGCUUUAAUAUUCACCGACUGGUCAUCGCUGGCGUGACCUGCGCGAGUAAAUUCUUCUCUGACGUUUUCUACACCAAUUCACGUUAUGCAAAGGUUGGAGGCCUUCCUCUGGUAGAGCUCAAUCAUUUGGAACUCCAGUUCCUUUUAUUGAACGACUUCCGACUAGCAAUCUCCGUCGAGGAGCUAGAGUCAUAUGGCACAAUGCUGGUAGAGUUCUAUGCACGCGAAGUCGUCGCACAACAGCAGCAGCAGCAGGCGACUCUGCCACGAGCCAUUAACCCGGCCUCAGAUGCAUACUCUGAUGCCAUGUAUAUGCGAUCCCGCGACAAGUCUCAUGAGCACGCGGCAUUCGGACAAACCCCGACCCCACCAUAG